GCACGCGCGCAGCUGUCAUGACGUUAAGAUGAGCCACACCGUGAUCGCGGAGGGAGCCGCUAAAAUCCGAGACGGCAAAAAAUGGAAGAGUCGCUGGUUGAUUUUGAGAAAGCCUUCACCGGUCGCAGACUGUCUGCUGUUGUGCAUGUAUAGGGAGCGCGGUGUGUCGGAGUGUGUGGUGCUGACGCUGGAGCACGUCUGCGGUCUGCAGUCGAGUGAUUCUGCUGACGGAGUUUCACACACACUCUCCAUCCUGAGCCUCAGUCAGAGCGCAGAGAUCGGCUUCGACAGCAGGGCGGCGCUGCAGAACUGGGAGACCAGACUCAGAUACUGCCUCGGAGAAGUCCACAGUUUCAGUGUGUGUGUUCUUCCCGGCACUAAGCUGGAGAGCGGAGCGGCGACUCUGCAUUUAUGCAAUGAUGUUCUGGUCAUCGCUAAAGAUCAUCCGGUGGUCAUCAUGGCGCACUGGAACCUGCUGGACCUGCGGAGAUACGGGGCGGUACACAACGGCUUUGUGUUUGAGGGAGGAACUCGCUGCGGCUACUGGGCUGGCGUCUUCUUCUUGUCUUGUGCCGAGGGCGAGCACAUCAGUUUUCUAUUCGACUGUAUUGUUCGUGGUAUUUCUCCAUCCAGAGGCCCAUUUGGACUGAAGCCACUGCUUCCAGAGCUCAGUGUCAGUGCAGCUUCAGUGCAGGACAGACUGAACCAUGAGGCUGAGGAGCUGGAACGAAGACUCAGUCUGCUGUCUCACGCCACAGCUUCCAGCUGCCAUUUUGGCUCUUCAAUGAUGGGUGAUGAUCGCAGCAUAUCAGGAUCAUCAGACACCUCAGACACAAGCCAAUCAGAUUGCAGCAUCAGUAGUCGUCAUGCAUUAUGGCCUGAUCUGCAUCUAUUGACAGAAACACCUCAAUCUGAAGCCUCACAGUUGGAGGAGAAACUCUCUUCUGAUCCUGCUUGCUCACGAAAACUGAAGGAAACUGGUCGACAGAACUCGUCUGACAGUGGGAUUGCGACUGGGAGUCAUUCUUCAUCAUAUACCGGAAGCUUCUCUUCCUACAGUGGUAGUUUGGAUGCUGCUGGUCCAGGACAGGAAUACAGCACACAGCUUCACCUACAUCCACCUACUGUCCCAGAAAAACACCUGUGUGUCUGCAAUCAUGAGUACCUGGUGCCGUCUUCCUUGCACAGUCUGUACGAUACUCCCCGCAGACUGCUGGAGAUCAGCGGAGAGACCUUUACCCGGAAACAGCCCCAGGAAUAUCCUGAAUCUGUCAGCCAGUCAGAUUCCGGCUCAGCUCUAGAGGCUGGUAAAGGGGAGGAGUCAAUGAACAAUGAGGGCUUAGUAAAAGGGGAGGAGUUAAAGACUGGCAAGGGGUCAGCAAAAGGCGAGGAGUCCAAGACUGGCAAGGGGUCAGUAAAAGGGGAGGACUCAAAGACUGGCGAGAAAAAAGGGGAGGAGUUAAAGAUCAGCGAGAACUCGGUAAAAGGGGAAGAGACAGAGAUCCGUGAGGGCUCAGAAAAAGGGGAGGAGUCAAAUAUUUGUGAGGGCUCAGUAAAAGUGGAGGAGUCACUGGAAUUCUCCUGCAGUAAAAGGUGCUGUGAAUGUAUGAUGUGUUCACUUCCUGCUGCUGGCUUUAAAACAGGCAUCUCUUCCAGUCUCAUGUGCAGAAGACUCAAGGGUACAUUUCCACCCCUUUCUGGAAGGACUUCAGGAACACCAACCAAUCACGAGCCACUGGAGUUCAAAGAGUCCUGUCCGACCAAUCAGAAUUCCUCUUCCGUAAAUCCACCAACCAAUGAGAAAGCAGCUGAAGGCUAUGUCUCCUGUCUGUCUGAUCUGCUGUCACACUACAAUCCCGUGGUGAAGUCUGAGUGUCGCAGUGUGUAUGAGUCUAUGAGCUCCAGACAUCCAGCCGCCCACAGCAAACACACCGUCCUGUAUGAGAACUGCGUCCAGUGCAGGACAGGAGAGGGACACUGCCGGACCACCAGAUCCAGAGACUGCUCAUUCCAGGAUCAUCUGAAGAGAAACAGUAUCUCCAAUAUCCCAGAAUCCUCCUGUUCUUCAUCUGUGGAGCCUCUCAGCCGGCCAGUCUCUCUGCAACGAACACCCGAGGAAGAAAACAGAGAGAGAAUCUGGCCUGAGAAAGCAAGAACAGAUCCUGACUAUGAAAUCAUGGACAGCCGAACAGAGAGGAACUCAGAGUCAGACGAGUGGAGCAGGUAUGAUCUGCUAUCAACUUCUGCUGGAUCUCAGAAGAGUUUCCAUCCUGCGACUGAUGCAGAGGGUUCAGACAGAUUGAGGGAUGCAGUGACGUAUGUGAAUAUUCCCAUCAGCCCUGCAUGCAGAAAACAGCUGAAUUACAUGGAUCUGGAGCUGCAGGAGUCGAGUGCUGUCGCCGCUUUCAGAGGGAGAAACUGCAGUAAAUAUGCUCAGAUCGACAUCAGUGUGAUGGAGGCGGCUCACAGAGCGGGUUCCCAGCAUGCACUGGGGCGAGAGGAAGGCCUGCAGAGACUGGAGCACCACAGAAGAAGAAGUAGAAGAAAUAAAGAGGAGUGAACACACAGAGUGAAGAAGAAACACUGACCAAAACACUCCAGUGCAGGAAUCACACACACACAAACAUAAACACGCAAAGAUAAAUACACACAAACCUACAAAUACAUGUAUCCAAUCAAACACACACACACACACACAUACACUUAUAAACAUAGAUACAAACACACACAUACACUCACUCGCUCACAAACAUGCUAAUAGAUGCCCACACACACAAACACAAACAUAAGCACAACGCACACAGACAUGCACACACACACACAAACACAAACAUAAGCACAACGCACACAGACAUGCACACACACAAAUAUAAACACAAACACACACAUUUAGUCUUACUGAAACGCACAUACAGACACAUACACAGUCUCUCUCUCUCACACACACACACACACACAUACUCACUCACACACACAAAUAUAAACACAAACACAGACAGAUUCGCACACUCUUAGCCACACACACACACACGCACACACACACACACACACACACACACACACUCUCUACAUGAAUAAGUCAUGUUGAGAUGAUUACAGAACUUUCAGAGUAAUUUGUGAACUGCACAAAUCAAGAACCACCUUGUUCCCUUUUACAGGUAUUCACUCUUGAAUAUGAGUAUUUGAGUAUUACUCCUCAUUCUGUCUAGUUGCCUGCAUUAUCUCUGCGGCGUUUCUAAACGAGAGCGCACAGAGUCAUGUGAAGAUCAAACCACUGAUUUUGGAUUCAUUUUGGAAUCAGAGAUCGUGUCUUUCGCUGCUGCUGUUUGCUGUUGUUAUAUAUUUAGAUAUAUUUAACUCUAUUUUUACUGCGGUUAUUUUCUCAUAUAUUGUGUUUGCAGUUUUACUGUCAAUUAAUAAACAUCUUAUGAUGCUGC